CAUCAGGCUGCGCCGGGCGCCGGAGAGGAGGAAGUCGCAAACACGUGUCUGAAUGGGGGGGAGAGCGUGUCACUUGUGGUCCUGAUUCUGUGCCCCCCCUUUUUUUUUGCAAAUCCUCUAGGGUCCCGGAAAGUUUGUCUGCCAACUGCAAGAUUAUCAGGAUGAGUUUCAUCAAAUAUGGAGACACGGUAAAAGAGGGGGACACGGCUAUUAUCUUUUUGGGUCAUGAGUCAAUGUUUCCGGUCAAAGUGCAAGAUGGUGGUAAAACCCAGACAAAGUAUGGGGUGAUCAGACACUCCACUGACCUGAUAGGGAAAUCCUAUGGCUCCAAAGUGACCUGCAGCAAAGGAGGCUGGGUGUAUGUUCUUCACCCAACACCUGAACUAUGGACUCUGAACCUUCCCCACCGAACACAGAUUCUCUAUUCGACUGACAUCUCCCUGAUCACCAUGAUGCUUGAGCUUAAGCCGGGAUCAAUUGUGUGUGAAUCAGGUACUGGAAGCGGUUCCCUCUCUCAUGCAAUUAUUAGGACGAUCGCCCCAACAGGGCAUCUGUAUACAGUAGAGUUUCACCAACAGAGAGCUGAGAAGGCCAUAGAAGAGUUUCGAGAACAUGAAGUGGACCAUUUGGUAACAGUAAAGAACCAGGAUGUGUGCAAAAAUGGGUUUGGCGUCACCAGUGUCGCCGAUGCCGUGUUCCUGGAUAUUCCAUCGCCAUGGGAAGCUAUUGGGCAUGCCAAACUGGCUCUGAAAUAUGAAGGUGGACGCAUCUGUUCUUUUUCCCCAUGCAUUGAACAAGUUCAAAGGACCUGCCUGGCUUUACAAGAACACGGUUUUACUGAAAUUAAUACUUCUGAGAUCCUGCUCAGAGUGUACAACGUCAGGACAGUUAGCCUGCAAAUCCCUGACCUUGGGAGAGCAACCGAGGAUGAUUCCACGGCAGCAUUUGACAGAGGCACCCAGACAGAUCAGGAUGUCCCAUGUGUUGCAAAUCUUCAGCAGGGAACUGUGCAAUUUAAAAGUGGUGUACCGCCCAGGGAAAUGGUGGGUCACACUGGAUAUUUGACCUUUGCUACCAAAAGCCUAUUUUAGUUACAUGAGUGGAGAGAGAACAUCUACUACACUCCCUCCCAGUCCAGCAUCUCAAGCUUUUUGCUGGUCAGGCACUUCCAUAUAUAGUCAGCUUGAGUCAGAUUAUGUUUUGUUUAAAUAGCGUGCAGGAGCACUAACCAGAUCAGCCUCGGCAGUACUCUGUCAUUCUGGAACGGGGCUUGGCUGGCUGUCAAGGUGGAAGAUGGUUUAGCAGCUAAUAGCUGUGGACUGGAUUUUACAAAGUAAAAGCCACUUGGUGAGGAAAAAAGUGUCAACAAGGUUUCCUUAUGCUUUCUGGAGUUCCUGCACUGAUUCCUGUCCUCCUGUAGGAAGAAAUGUCUUGCUUUUGUUUCUGAAUAGUUUUUACUAGGGAUUAUUUAUAUAUAUAUAUAAAAACAAAAUAAAUGUUCAAUACAGAGAAAGAGUCAGAAUUGGUUUUGGUUAAUGCAAAAAGAGGCCUUUUACAUUUUUAAUUCUUGUACAGAAAAGGAAAUUAAACUAUUAAAAUGCAAAAACCCUGUCCUCAUUUGAAUGUGGCCGUCCUAAUUUCUCUAUUGCAUGCGGCUUCAUUGUAGUGAAAAUUCCAUAUGCAGAAUUACCUUGUAAAAUACAUGGUUAAUCUGUAAAUCUUCUUCCUGGCAUUAGGUUGAAUGGGUAUGAAGAAUCAGUUAGUUGUGCCAUUUCCUGCCUGUUGGUAUUUUGUAUUUACAGAUAUCCGUGACUGUAAAUAUUUUAAGAAUAAAUUCCCUCCAGCGUUCCUACCAGCGUCAGUGCACCGAGCAAUCUUAUCUGCCCGGUAGGUACUUGGAUAAAAAUGCAACUCACGAGGUAUACCUUUUAUCCACACGAGGCUGUUUAAUAUCUCAGUCUGAUCAUGUGAACCUGGUUUUUGCCCUUUUCUUGACGAAAAUAAACACAGCCAGGCUUUUAACGGGGUUACAGCCCCAGCGCUAAUCUGUAACAGUUUGACAAAAGUCCUGCCAAUUGCAACACGCAAAGAUAGAGCAGCUGAGCAGAUUAAAAAUUGGGAAACGAAAAGCAUCUGAAGCUGUUACAUAAGUGUUCUGUGGCUACAGCUCUCCUCCUCAGGAGGAUGCGAAAGUCUUUGCACAGACUGCUCUGAAGUACUUUUGAGGAAAAUGAGAGCGGAAGCUGCUGCAUCAUUCAUGGGGUGGCCAUAAGUGCAAGGGAAAAGAAAGCUCAUGCACAGGUAAACACAGGAUCAAGUGAACUAAAAUGGAAGAAUCAGCUGACUGAAAUGUGCAAACAACUGACGUUAAAACCACCUGUCCGUCCUUAGGAUGACUUCUACCUAAUACCAGAGCUUAAGAAAGACAUUUUUGGACUACAGCUCCCAGAAUCCCCCCCCCAGCCAGCAUGGUUUCACCAACAUUUUACAAGCACUCCAUAA